AUGGGAAGCAAUUGUGCAACCUGUUAAAAUUGUUAGAAAAAGGAGGAGAUUCUUAUCAGCGAAGUUUAACAAUAAUCGAACCCGCAAAUGAAUUAAUACUCUUAAUAACCGAAUGAGGAGGAGGAAGAGGAUCAUCUCGAGGAAAAGAACCAUGAAGGUUCCAGCUAGGUCGUAUAGCAAUAUUUAAAUUUGGAUACUCCUUAAAAGAAUGAUGCUGUUGUAUAUGCGGAACCGACGAGGGCCUAACAAGUGGAAACUCCAUAAGUUCAAGUGAUUAUGACAAAUGAGUCAAAUGCAGAUAGCAAGAAGAGAAAGAACGAGAUGAUGUUACGAAAUAUGGAGGAUCUGAAUGAUACAUAAGUUAAUAAGUCUGAAAGCACAGUCAGAGAGAAGAGGCCUCGUUAUUAAUUCAAAAGUGGAGCAUAUUACGAGGGAGAAUGGGUUGGUUAGAAUAGAGAUGGAUAUGGAGUUCAAAUUUGGAAUGAUGGAGCAAAGUAUGUGGGACAGUGGAAGAACAAUAGAGCCAACGGAGUAGGGAAGUUUUGGCACAUAGAUGGAGAUUAUUAUGAAGGAGAUUGGAAAGACGAUAAAGCAUGUGGGAAGGGUGUUUAUAUUCAUAUGAAUGGAGCAUAGUAUGAAGGAGAUUGGAUGGAUGAUUUAUAACAUGGGUUUGGAGUUGAAACUUGGACUGAUCAAGCGAGAUUCGAAGGAUUAUAUUAAAAUGGUAAGAAAGAAGGAUUUGGGAAGUAUUAUUGGGGAGAUGGAUCAAUAUAUAUUGGCAAUUGGAGUGAAAAUAAGUUGAGUGGCUAUGGAGUGUAUACAUGGCCUGAUGGGAGGAGAUACGAAGGGUAAUGGAAUAAUAAUUAGAUGAAUGGACGAGGGAUCUACUAUUGGAAGGAUGGAAGGAAGUAUGAGGGACAAUAUAUAAAUGAUAAGAAACAUGGCUAUGGCAUUUACACAUGGCCAGAUGGAAGGAAAUACGAAGGAUAUUGGUCAAAUGGCAAAUAAUAAGGAAAAGGUAGAUACAUUCUAUCAAAUGGAAAGAGUUAGUUAGGGAUGUGGGAUAAUGGGAAGAGGAUAAAAUGGUUGGAUUCCAUCGAACAGAGCAUUGAUUUGAAACCUAAAGAUUGGAAUUCUUAUGUGUAACCGUCUUUGGGAGAGACAUAAUUAUGAUUAUUUUACUAAUUAAGAAAUAUGUGUUAAAA